GGCACAUUGAGAGAGAGCGAGCGCCGUUUCGACGUCUUCUAGCCUUCACAUCAUCCAGACGACGUUCACACGCACACACAGCCAACCCCACCCUUCUGACAACGAAUAGACGACGAAGAAGAGAAGAAGAAAAAGAAGAAGGUACCCAUUUUUCAUUCCCUUUUUGCCUCCACACUUCACUAUUAUCGAUUUUGUGAGCGAGCUCUAAUGUUUCAACGCAAAGUGGUAUUGCCUAAAAAGCGAACAGAAAUGGUCCAAACGAGACGAAAGACAGCUGCAGCUGUACAGGACGGUGGUGCCGUUAAGGAGAACAAAGCCAAGCCACCUGCCCCUCAAACGCCUACAAAACGAGCAAAACGAGGUCGUCCCCCGAAAAUUAAGACUGAUGCCAAUACUUUGAAUACGCCAAGCACUUCUUCCAACUUGGUCGAUGACAAACUUCUCAUUGAGUCUGAAUCACAGGACUCGAUUCUCACAAACGAAGCCGACUCUUUUCUGGAAAAAGAAGUGGAAGAAAUCGAAGAUAGUUCAGAUAUACUUCCCGAUAAAAUUAAUUCUCCAGAAAAACCAAGUGUUUUGGUGAAGCGGAGAUCGAGUACGCGGUUAAAAGUGAAGACUGAUGAAGAUGAAAAAGAUGUUCCUGUGAACAUAGAAGUAGCCGUUUUAGAAGAAAAAUCAAUUCAAAUCGAGCCAACAUCUCCCGCUCACCCGGAAGAUCCUCAGCCUUCGACUUCUUCUCUUCCACUGGUAGAACCAAUUGAAGACAUUGUGGAGCCAAAUGAGCCAACAAGCUCUGCCGAUCCUCCAGUAUCAAAUAUUAAGGAUGAGGAUAUUAAAGAAGAAGAGCCACUGAUUAAAAAGCCAGCUUCCGAUGAGUCAGAAUCUAUGGAUAUAGCUAACUCUGAAAGUGGAAAUGAUUCCGAUUCAAGUGAAGCUGAUCCUAGGACGAUACCAUCUUUCUCUAUACCUCUUCCCGACACACCACCUCCAAAUUUUGCGAAAAGAGGAGAAAUACAUGUAGAUGUAGAUCAGAAAAAUUCCAAGCAAUCAGGAGAAUCACAAUCGCCUUGGGAGCGAGCAAGAGAAAAGUCUGCAUCGAACCCAUUGUCCUCUCCAACAAUGAGCCGACCCAGGAUACACUUCCUUCAUCCAGCAUAUCAAAGUUUCACAAAUGAUUCAGUUUCACCUCUACCACCACCGCCACCAGAGCCGGCUCCAGCUCGUGAAAAAGUGGAAAAUGGUGGUCCAACUACUUUCAAAAUGACUUUCAAAAAAGCUGCAAAUAUUCCUAUCUUGAAGACAUCGGCAUUUGAACAACCAUCAUCACCUCCACCUUCCUCAUCAGUUUCUUCAUCAAUUUCAUUAUCUGAAGUGAAUUCUUCUACAUCGAUAGCCUCCGAGUCUUCUCCAGCGAAAAGAAGCUCAAAUUUCGAUUUAACUGCCUCAAAUGAGCUUCCACCACCUCAGAUGGUUGAACUUCCCAAGCUCUCAUUUUUCAAUAUGCCUCCAGCCGUUCGCUCCGCAGAGGACGAUUCUGCGAUGACGUCGGAAGAACCGAUCCUUCUCCUCCGUUCUCCGAAUUCCGCCACUCCUGAUGAUGAUGCACUUUUCCUCACGACCCCACCACCACCCAAGAUGACCGAAUCAGAAAUUCAAGCACUGAAAGUAGCGACGGAAAAAGUGAAUCAAGUAAUUGCUCGACGUGAAGAUUCUGAAAAAGAUGUACGUCACAGAGAAGAUCGAGAUGAUUAUGAUAGACGACGUGACGACCGUGACAGAAGAUCCAGAAAGACUGAUUCGGAACGAAAUGAUCAAAGAGGACGACAACGUGAAGAUGAUGAACGAAGAGCUCGAGAACGAGAAAGAGAAGUUACGAAACGACAUGAUCGGGAAAGGGAAGAGAUGCGAUUACAGAAACAAAAAGAUGAGGAAAGAAGAAAGAAAGAUGAAGAGGAAAGGAUACAAAAAGAGAAUGAUGAGAAAAAACAAAAAGAGGAUGAAGCCAAAAUGGAGGAGGAGAAAAAGAAGAUUAAAGAGGAGGAAAUGAAGAUUCCUGAAUUUGAGUUGAUUAGCGAAUCAAAAUAUUUGACGAGGAAUGCGAAUAAAAAGAAGACUGAAUCCUUAACUUGCGAAUGCCAUCGAACUGGUGGAAACUGUUCGGACAAUACUUGUGUGAAUCGUGCAAUGCUCACCGAGUGCCCAUCAUCAUGUCAGGUCAAAUGCAAGAAUCAACGAUUUGCAAAGAAAAAGUACGCGGCUGUUGAAGCAUUCCACACUGGAACCGCCAAAGGAUGUGGACUUCGAGCAGUGAAAGACAUAAAAAAAGGAAGAUUCAUCAUUGAAUAUAUAGGAGAAGUUGUGGAAAGAGAUGAUUAUGAGAAGAGAAAAACGAAAUAUGCAGCUGAUAAAAAGCACAAACAUCAUUAUCUCUGUGAUACUGGAGUCUACACGAUCGACGCAACAGUCUACGGAAAUCCAUCUCGAUUUGUGAAUCAUAGUUGUGAUCCUAAUGCUAUAUGUGAGAAAUGGUCUGUACCAAGAACUCCUGGAGACGUUAAUCGAGUUGGUUUCUUCUCGAAACGAUUCAUUAAAGCCGGCGAAGAAAUCACAUUUGAUUAUCAAUUUGUCAACUACGGACGUGACGCUCAACAAUGUUUCUGUGGAAGUGCUUCAUGUAGUGGAUGGAUUGGGCAGAAACCGGAAGAAUUUUCAUCUGAUGAGGAUGAUGAUAUUGUGACUACAAGGCAUAUUAAUAUGGAUGAAGAAGAAGAAGAAAAGUUGGAAGGUCUUGAUCAUCUUGGAAAUCAUGAACGGAAUGAAGUGAUCAAGGAUAUGUUGGAUGAUUUGGUCAUUCGGAAUAAGAAGCAUGCUAGGAAGGUUAUCACAAUUGCGUCUGCAAUGACCGAUUACUCUCAACGUGUGGAUGUCAUUCAAGAAAUCUUCUCCUCAGACACCUCCGUAACCGUUCAAAAAUUCUAUGCAAAAGAGGGAAUGGCUACAUUGAUGGCUGAAUGGUUGUCUGAAGAUGAUUAUUCGCUGGAUAAUCUGAAACUUGUUCAAGCUAUUCUCAAAGCUCUUCACACUGAACUAUUCGAUUCGUGCGCCAAAAAUGAUCGACUCUUACGAGAUUCUACAUCACGAUGGGUCAAUGCGAAAAUGGAUGAAUAUGUUGAUAUACAAGUGAUAGCUGAUUCACUUAUUGCUUGUGUUGAAGAUCCCGUACAGGAGUACAAGGAUGUUUGCAAAGUUAUAGAGAAAGGUCUCGUCGAAAACUUCACAAGAGCCAAAGAGAUGGCCUAUCGGUUAAAUCAAUACUGGUUCAAUCGAUCAGUGAGCUUCAAAAUUCCAAAAAAGAUACGUGAUCCUGUGCCAAAAGAUGUUCCAGUCAGACAAGAAGAUGCUACAACAUCAUCACAAUCUCAUGAUAAUAGUAGUAGAACUGUAUCACCGAAUCAUCGACAUCAUUCAUCUUCAUAUUCAAAUUCAUGUUAUCAAGAACGAGAACCAUCUCAUAUACGAUUCUUUAAUAAUGGAAAUGAUGUUCAUCAAUAUCGUUUUGGAGGUUAUCAUGGAAAUAACUACAAUGAUAACUAUUUCAGUAGAAGGCCCAAUAAGGAUUCAUAUCGAGAUCGCCGUCGAUUUAAUGGACGUCGUUCGAGAAGUCGAUCAAGAAGUGUCUCACCACAGAACUAUAAAAGAAGAAAACUCGAUGAACAUGACAAUAAUCAUCGUCAGCGUUCUCCAAUUCGUGAUCGUCACACAUCUCCCGGCGGCGAAAAGACUCCUAGCUCGAAUAAUUCUGGAGAACGAAACUAUAAAAGACUGGAUAUUCGAGGAGCUCGUAUAAAAACUAUAAAAGAAGAUUUGGAAGCUGCUGCUGCUGCUGCUGCUGCUGCUGCUGUACCAUCAGAAGUGCAAGCUUAUCCUCAUGAACAUACAGCUGUACAUCAGAGUGUUUAUCAGAUGCCAGGUUAUGAGUCUUAUGGAGUAUAUGAUCCUGUAAAUGGUGUCUACAUGUAUCCUCAUCCUGGCGCUGGUUACUAUCCACCUGCCUAUCCACAACAACCGAUUAUGUUAACAAUGGACACUCUUCCACCGAAUGAUCGUCUUGGUGAACUUUACGAGAAAGCCAGUAUCGAGCAGCUAGCUCAACGAGAUGCAAUUGUGAGACAAGAACUUGAGCUGAUACGUAUUCAAAUCGAAAGAAAAACUGCUCAAAAAGAAGCGAUCAAGGCCGCUUGCCGUCGUGCUAACGAAGAAGAAGCUAAACGACAAGAGGCACUUGCAAAGACGAAAUAUGUUUGGGCGAUUGCAAAGUCAGAAGCUGGAGAGACGUAUUACUACAACAAAAUAACAAAAGAGACGCAGUGGACAGCACCAACACCAGUUCAAGGUCUUCUCGAACCGGCUUGUGGUGCAUCUCCUGAUACUACAGUUGUCAUUGCUGACGAGAUUACUGAAGAAGAGCAACAAGCUGAAGUUCUGGAGAAGCCGCGUGUUGUUAAGGAAGAAGUUAUCGAGCCAGGUUCACAAUCUGAAACUCAAAAAGAAUCUCCGGAGAAAGUUCGAGUUGUUGUACCGAAAGUUGAAGUUGAAAGAUCACCGUCGCCAAAAUCUUCUCGUGAUCGUGAGAAGGAUCGAGAGAAAUCUCGUGAGAAAGAUCGUGAAAGAGAUCGUGACAGAAGAGAAGGUUCAAAACAUCGUGAUAGUUAUCAUGGACAUCGAAACGGCAGCAGUUCUGUCAGUGAACGACGUAUGCGAGAGUUCAAACAUGAGCUGGAACGAUCCACUCGAUCUGCCGUUCGUUCUCGUCUACAACAUCAACGUGACGCUUCUAGUGAUAAGACUACUUGGCUUAUUAAGUUAAUAUAUCGAGAGAUUUUCAAACGAGAAAGUGCGCAGAGUGGAUUUGAUUAUCGAUUCAGUGAGAAUACUGAUAAGAAGGUGAAAAACUACGUCAAGUCAUAUAUCGACCGAAAACUCGAAUCAAACGAUCUCUGGAAAGAAUACUCUCGGCCAUGAGCUUUAUUUUUUAAUUUAAAUUUUAUAAAAAAAUGUUUAUGCUUGUUUUUUUCUCUAUAGUUCCCUCCUAUCCCCCCCCUCCCCUAUCGCCUAAAAAUUGAUCUCUGUCUGAUUUCACCGAUUUCCGUUUUAUUUGAUCCCAUUGAACGAGUAUAUCAUCAUGUUCCUGAACUUCAACGUUCGCACAUUUUAUUCCCCUAGUUUUAUGUCCCCAGAAUUGUUUUAUACUAUCCUGUAAUCCACCUCAAAAUGACAGCCAUGAAAAGCUGUUUUUCAUGUUUUCUAUUUUCUUGUUGAUCGUAUUUGCGCCGCUCUUUGUCGCCAAAUUUUUUUUUGUAAUUAAAAAAUGAAUUACGGAUGUUGAAUUUUUAAA